AUGAAUCACUUGGCCGCCGAUGUUCCGUCGAUCUCGAACACGAGGCUUUUUGGUGAUAUCGAUAGAGGGAUUCAAGCGGAUAAAUUGGUUAUUCCGGGUUUACCCGUCUCUCAAUUGAGCGGCUUUAUGCGAGGCCAUGGAACAUAUCUACGAGGCGACGAAUUGUACUCAUCAUUGGCAGGAGCCGUUCGACAAGUCAAUCGUCUCAUCAAUGUGCAGAGUGUGAAACAACGAUACAGUCCAGAGAUUGGUGAUGUUGUCGUCGGAUCGAUUACGGAAGUACAAGAGAAACGAUGGAAAGUUGAUAUUUGCGGUCGCUUAGAUGCCCAUCUACAGUUGGCGAGUGUCAAUUUACCCGGAGGGGAGCUGAGAAGGAAAACGACCGAAGACGAAUUGGCUAUGCGGGAUUAUCUUGUCGAAGGCGAUUUUAUUUCAGCCGAAGUGCAACAAGUUCACCACGAUGGAUCGAUAUUUUUGCACACACGAAGUUUAAAAUACGGCAAACUUGGCAUUGGAGUUGCGGUUCGAGUUCCUUCCUAUUUGAUCAAGCGACGAAAAACACAUUUCCACGCCUUGCCUUGUGGAGCAGGAUUGAUUAUCGGAUGCAAUGGGAUGAUCUGGAUUUGUGAACAGAUCUCCGAAGAUCCAGAUGGUGGCUACAAUAUUGAUCUCAAUCAACAUGUGCCUGCAUCGAAUAUGAAGGUGAUUUCACGACUUUUCAACUGUAUCAAUGUGCUCGCCAACCACGGAAUUCACAUCUUUGAGACAUCGGUUAUGAACUGCUACGAUUUUUCCUCCGCGUAUGAAACAAAGGAUUUGAUGAGAAGCGAUGUAGCGGCCGAGGUGGCAGCACAAGUUAUUCAACAGCUACGAGCCGAUAUUAUGGAUGAAUCU